AUGGCUACUGUGGAAUCGAUGGUUGUUGAAGACCAAAAGGAACCAGAAAAGCCGAUUGAUAGAGAAAAGACAUGUCCACUACUCCUGCGAGUGUUUUGCAGUACAGGAAGACAUAACCCAUUGAAUGAAUUCGCAAGGGGUCAGACACCAUCCAAUGAACUACAAAUUUACACAUGGAUGGAUGCUACUCUGAAGGAACUAACCAGUUUGGUGAAGGAAGUAAAUCCAGAUGCAAGAAGAAAGGGAACAUUUUUUGACUUUGCUGUUGUUUAUCCUGACCCUCGUACCCCUGUGUACAGAAUGCGAGAGAUAGGCACGACAUGUGCUGGACAUCGUGGUCAGGAUGAUAGUCAUUCAUUGACCUCCAAGAGGUUCCAGAUCGGUGAUUACCUAGAUAUAGCUGUUACUCCGCCAAGGGGUGCUGGUGGUCCCCCUCCCCGUCGUAAUCGUCCAUACUGAAUACCUGUUUGUUAACAGCAGAUUUUCAACAUCAUAUUAAGCACCCUGAAUGCAUCAUAAGAGAGACUGAUUAAUUUGUUCCAGAAUGAGUGACUGGUGUUUCUUGUAUUUUUGUCUUAUACACAAGCAGAAGACAUUGACCAAAUGAUAGUAUGUAAUAUGUUGCGUGUGAUCUCUGUUAUGCUGUAUAUGAAGAAAGUAAGAUUCUUAUUGAACGUUUUUAUUUUAUAUGUGUUGUUUAAGCAUUGAAAAUUUUUCAUGACAAAUACUUUCAAUGGCAGGAUUGGGAGAUUUACUAGGAUGUGUGUGUGCGUUGCCUUUUUUUGUGUAUUAAGGGUAGCCCAUGUACCUGCUUAUUUCAGUGGUAAUCAUUCUGAUGGAAAUUUAACCACUGAAUACUGAGUUCCUGCAAGUUUAAGAUACCAUGUAGUGUUAUUUCAGUAAAUCUUUAAUGUUUUAACUUUCAGCGUUGUUUGUAGUAUGAUUUUGCUUAGAAACAUAACUGUAUAGUCACUUCUUGAAACACACCUGGUGCAUGUUAGUGGGUCAAAAUAUUGGGGGAAAAAGACAGAAAAUUCCUUUCAACUUUUAUUACCAGGUACAUCAAGACUUCCAUUAAUAGUUUUAAUCAAAAUAUGCAACAAGUCAUACAUUUAAAGAUAAAAUCAUGCUAUAUUCUGCGGAUAAAUCUUCAAAAUUUGGUCAGUUUACUUUUACAUACUAUCUAGAACACUGCAUGGUACUAUACUGCAUUUGGCCUUAAACACUUUAUGCUGUUGUCAAAGGAUUUGGUUUUAGAAACAGCAAAUUUUAUUUUCUAAUUUUAAUGAACAAGUUGGUGUCAGUAUUUCAAAAUGUGUUACAAUUAAUCAGAUGUAGGGAUUAUCACAGUGUCUGUCAUAAGUCAAUAUGUAACAAUAAUUAAUCAUUAAACAUCAAAUUGAUUUAAUUUUAACCUGAAUUUAUAAAAGAAACUGUUUAGUUGUGUUAUUUGAUAGAAAUUGGUGUGUAAGUUGAUCUGUGUAUUUGGGUCAGUGUGUAAGUUGGUCUGUAGGUAAUUAGGUCAGUGUGCAAGAUUGGUAAGUGUGUAAAAGUCAGUAGAUGUAAAUCCAUUCAUUGUAUAUUCAUUUCAACACAUGGAAAAUAAAAGAACUUUGACUCAUUCAA